AUGAUGAGCCUGACCUCGGCGCCCGAUUCCCGGCCGCUGCGCCGGGCCGUGACCCCCGCGGGCCGGCGGACGGAAUCUCCCGUAGUGGAGCUGAACGUUGGGGGUGAGUUCUAUACCACCACCUUGGGCACCCUGAGAAAACUCCCAGGCUCAAAGCUGGCAGAGAUGUUCUCCAGCUCCGCCAAGGCCUGCCUGGAUGUGGAGGGACGCUUCUUCAUCGAUCGCUGCGGCACCUAUUUUGGACCCAUCCUGGAGUAUCUGCGCAGUGGGCAGCUGCCCACACGGCACAUCCCCGAGGUGUACCGUGAGGCUCAGUUCUACGAAAUCAAGCCCUUAAUCAAACUCUUGGAGGACAUGCCACAGAUCUUUGGUGAGCAGGUAGCACGGAAGCAGUUUUUGCUGCAGGUGCCAGGCUACAGUGAGAACCUGGAGCUGAUGGUGCGCCUGGCGCGUGCUGAGGCCGUGGCGGUGCGCUGCUCUAGAGUUCUGGUGUGCCUGGUACAAAACGAAAAGGAUGAUGCGAACUGCGUGGAUGCCCUGCGCUCCCUGGAGGCGGACAAGAGGUCAGUGGUCAAAUUCGGGCCUUGGAAGGCAGCCCUGGAUAUCAGGGACCUCCUGGACUGCAUGAACAUGGACAUUAAGGCCCAAGGGUACCAGGUACACUAUUCACACAACAGUCCAUUACCAGCCAAGGUCUCCGACUACUUCUAUACCUUCAGCUUCAGCUGGUGGUGA